UGUUUAUGGCUUAAAUGCUCAUAAUCAGUGGCGUUUAUCUAGAUUUAGCAGAAAUAUAAUUCAUAAUUGCACUGGUGACCUGAAUGGUUUAUUACAGCAGAACGCUACACUGGCUUAGAGAUGAUGGGAACCCUGCUUACUGGACUCAUACUCUUCCUGUUUGAGGUGGGAUGUGAAAGUGAGCCGACACAUGCCGUGCCAGAAAGAGUAGAGGGCUCAAAUGGAGAAACACUGGUGUAUCUGACACCACACUGGGCUUUCCAGCUGGUCAAUGACUCGCUGUCCUUCUCUGGAGCCGACAGCUUCUGCAGAGGGCGGUUUAGCUCUCUCAUCACCUCAGACCAGAAGGAAGUUUUGGAGCUGCUUCGGCAGGCUGGACUUCAUUCAUCCGUCUGGGUCAGGGAUUCCAGCAGAGUAGCCUCCAAGCCUGUGGCACUCUCCCAGCAGUAUUUGCAGUUCUCAGCUCUAAAGUUUCCAAAGGAGUCGCGUGAGGGCUUUGCACACGUCAACAAGUCCUUCCCGGCCCUCUCAUCUGUCAGUGUUUGUGUUCGAGUUCAGUGGGACCCAUGGUGGAGUGAGGUGUCGACCAUAUUUUCCUACGCUGCGCCUGUCUUUACCAAUGAGUUCCAGCUGCGAGGCCAAGCAGACAUGCAGGGUCGCAUUUUGCUGGCGCUCAUCAUCCACGGGAAGCACCUACCAUACAAGGCAUCCUUCCCAAAUGAUGGUGCGUGGCAUCAAAUCUGUGUCACGUGGCAGCAGAGUGGUGGCCACUGGGCUACCUAUGUGGACGGAGACAGGAAAGACACAGGCUCAGACACAGACACUUCUAGGGAAAUCUACGGUGAUGGGAUUCUGAUCCUGGGGCAGGACCAAGACUCUUUUGGCGGGAAUUUUACAGAGCCUUUCUUUGGAAAUAUAACUGACCUAAAUGUCUGGAACAUGUCUUUGGAAUCACACCAUGUCCGUCUGCUAAACGAAUGUUCACCAGUCACCCAGGACCUACUUUUCAGUUGGAACCUUGAGCUCCUUAGUAGCCACCCUGUGGUCAAAGAGGUGCAGGCCCGUUUGUUUUGCCCGGCAGUGCACCAGCAGGUGGAGCUACAGGGCUGCAGAACAUUGCAGGGCUGGUCAGCUGAGCUUCCACAGUCGGGUCUGACGGACUGCCACGAUCUCCUGCCUUUCAUCUGCAGGAGCAGCAGAGAGCGUUACCUGAAGAUGAAGCAGAUGAGUGACUCUCAGAGCUCUCAGCCCACUGCUUUCAUGAGCCAGCUGAUGAAGCUCUCCAACCAGAGCCAGCUGAUGCUGCCAUCAGCGCUGAGCAGCCUGGCCCAGGCAUCCGCCCUGCUCGACGUCUCUGUCCAGGCCCUGGAGGACACCCGGGACGAGGGACUGCAGCCAGCAGACAUGAUGUCCCUCAUACAGCUUCUGUCUCUAACUGCAGACGUCCCCUCACAGCCGUUUACCCACGACACUAACUACAGCCAGGACAACAUACAGGAGCUCAGCCAGCACUUCAUCAGCUUGGCCGACAGCAUCAUCAGUGAAGAAGACACCUUAAAGUGGCAAGCCAUCAAAGAGGUGGUGAACGGCCCCAUGGAUGUGGUCAAACGCAUUGACCACAUGGUGACCAGCCUGAGCCCUCGUUUAAUGGCAGAGACCGAUCACCUAACCAUCCGCAGCCCCAACAUCAAAUUGGUGGUGCAGCAGCAGAAGCUGCAGGAAGUAUCCAGAGGAUCAAGUUUCUGUGGACCUGAAACAGAGAAGCCAACCAUCCUGGACUGUAUCUCAGUCCCACAUCAGAAGAUGCAGGAUCUCCAUAACAAUGGUUUCCAUAAGCUCACGCUGGUCAACAUGUGGUACGGCUCUCUGCGGCCUUUUUUCAAUCCUGAGGAGAACAUCACCAUGGAGCCCACCGUCACCGAUGGCAGCCAAAGGAGCCCAGAGAAUGAAAAAGCUCUGCAGGUGCUGACGUUCAUUGGCUGUGGAGUGUCUCUGUGUGGCCUCCUCUUCACCUUCAUCCUCUUCAUCUCCGUGGGUGUCCCUAAAUCAGACCGCACAACUGUCCAUAAGAACCUUAUAGUUGCUCUGGGAGUGGCUGAGCUGCUGUUGAUGUGCAGCAGUUGGGCUGCUGAAAAUGAGACAGCAUGCUUCCUUGUGACUGCACUACUUCAUCUCUUAUUCAUGGCUUCUUUUUCCUGGAUGCUGGUGGAGGGCUUGCUACUGUGGAGUAAAGUCGUGUCUGUCAAUAUCAGCGAGGACCGCAGGAUGAAAGUCUACUAUGUCAUUGGCUGGGGUGUGCCUGUUCUGGUUGUUGGAGUAACCCUGGUGAUAUCCAUGGACAAAUACAAAGCAGACGAUCAUUGCUGGCUCAAUGUGAAGACCGAUACAAUCUGGGCCUUUGUGGGACCUGUGAUAUUUGUCUUGACAGUCAAUGCGGUUGUGCUGUGUCGGGUUGUCAUGGUGACUGUUUCCAGCGCUCGUCGCCGUGCUAAGAUGCUCAGUCCAAGCUCAGCAUCAAAGAUGCAGACCUAUGACCUUACCUGGGCUGUGACCCGUCCAGUUCUGAUCCUGCUGCCCGUCCUGGGUCUGACCUGGCUGUGUGGCGUGCUCGUCCAUCUGUCUGUGGUAGUUGCUUAUAUUUUCAUUGCUCUCAACUCCUUCCAGGGUCUGUACAUCUUCCUCGUCUAUGCUGUUUACAACAGUGAGGUGAGGAAUGCCAUAAAGAGGAUCAAAGAAAAGAGAAAGGCCUUAUCUUUCACGAACUGCUCCCAGCCAACCAGCUUCCUACCUUCUCAGAGGACCCCGAUCACUUCCUGGGGCCACAGCCUACCGACGACCUCCAGCCCUGAGACCAGUGAGACGUCCGUACCUGCCGGCACUACUUCCACAUCCAUGGUCAUCAAGAACGAGAGUUUCAGAAAGGAGAGCUUUGUGAGUUUCUUUUUGAACCCAGGAUCCGGAAACCAAGUGGUUCAGCUGACGGGGUUCAAGCCAUCAGGUACGGAGCUACAAUCCCCCGAUACUGUGUUUGAGUUGGUUUGGAAUUUGUUGCUUUACGUUCACACCACAAGUUCAACAGCAGAACAGAGAAAAGGAUGUAAAGAGAACUCGUGAGGAAAAGGAGAAAGUAUCAAACAUGAUGAGCUGAAAUAGUGGCACCGAGCUGAAAGUCAGAAUUAAGGAGAAGCAGCAGUAAAUAAUUACAAACUGACAGCAAACACAGCAGCGCAGCGGGUGAACAGUGAAGUGGAACGACUGAAUUAGAGGCCACGAGUUGUUU